GGUUCCCUCAGCCCAGCCCGGUCCAGCCCAGUUCCCAGGAGGAUGAAGUUGGUGUAUAAAGAGGAGCAUCCUUUUGAGAAGUGCCGCUCUGAGGGCGAGAAGAUCCGAAAGAAAUACCCGGACUGGGUCCCGGUGAGAGUAGAAAAGGCUCCCAAAGCUCAGAUGGGAGACCUGGACAAAAAGAAAUAUCUGGUGCCUUCUGAUCUUACAGUUGGUCAGUUCUACUUCUUGAUCCAGAAGCGAAUUCAUCUCCGAGCUGAGGCUGCCUUGUUUUUCUUUGUCAACAAUGUCAUUCCACCCACCAGUGCCAGGAUGGGUCGGCUAUUUGGCAAAACCAAUUAUAGUCUUUUUAAAAAUUAA